AGCGCAGCGCUCCCUUGUGUGCGGCUGUGCAUUGGCAGAUCAAGUAGCAAGCUCUCUCUGUCCAUUCGACGCAACAGCUUGCGCUUUGCAGUCUGCCACUCCCAUCACUGACGCGGGGAAAAGCGAACAUCUCCAUCUGCAAGGUGACAAUAUACGACGUGCUUCGUUGCUCCUGAGCCGCAUUGAACCACUGCGCGCGAUCUGUCCUCCUGUAUCCUCAGGAGGCAAAUAAGCAAGCGAAGAGAAAAGGGGGGGUUUUUCGGUGCCAAGCCGACUCACAAAACAUACCCGCGUGAAGGAAGGAUCGAAGCGAGUAAGAUCGAUAGCAGGCUUCACUGAGCUCCGCGCAUAGUGUCUGCUUCUACAACAACAGAUCCUGCCACAACAUCCAUGUCAGGAUCAAUGGGUGCUCGCGAAGAGACCUGUCUACCAAACUACCAAACGAGCCAUAUCGAAGAACUGCCUUCGCCUACACAAGUGCAGCCAGAGUCAGAGUCACCUGAAUCAUCCAGAUCCUCGUCACCUUCCCUCAACAUCCUUGUGCCCUCAGACGACAUUGCCAUCAAGGUCGACCCGGACCGGCACGUCGACUAUCUCUCUCACGAAUGGACAGAGAAUGAUAUCUGGGUGUCUUGGCGCCAAGUGACAAAGCAAAAAGCCUUCCUGCAAAGUGGUGUGCGGUUGGAGAAUGCAUCUUGGCGGACAUGGGCAAAGAGUCGCAAUAACCUCAAGACCAUCUCACCAGAGACGCUCAACUGGCUCAAGGACUGUGAUGUCACCUGGCUGUAUGGACCGCUGCAUCGCGGAACACAGUUUGCUUCAGCACCGCAAGUCAACCAUGUCACGAAUCCACUCUUGACGCCGAAUGGACGACCCCAUCGUCGGGGCAGUGAAGAAUGGUUGCCGACACCGCGAUUGGAUCAAGUUGAGUUGCCAUUUGCGGCGCAAAAGGCGGUACAACGGCAAGCGAAGCCUAUCUUGAAGAAACGGUCCAACUCGGAGAUGAUGCUUGCUCGGCAUAAUAACGUCAAGGUAGACCCGCUACCGCAUACCGUUGCGAUACUACGGCAGGAGGAUACAGAGGAGGAUACAACGGAUUCAGAGUCAAGACCAACCAGCUCAAAUUCACUCUCAAGACCAGUAGCGACACGAACCUACUCGGCUCAUUCGGCUCUGCGUUCUGCCAGAAAGCAACACUUUAGAAAGGAAACAGGCGGUGACCUACCAACAAAGCGCAGAAUUCACUUCAACGAAUCCGUGGAGCAAUGCAUCUCCAUCAUCAAACCUGAUCCAGAUGACGACGACUACGACUCGCAGUCGAGUGAUGAUAUGCCCGUCAUGCGCAUCUCUGCUCCGCGGCCACCCAUCAACAUUGCAAAACUUCCGAGCACGACGCUCAAGAUGCCUGCAGCCAAUAUGAAUGGCCAUGUGGCAAGCUAUGGCACCCCGUCCAGUAUAUUUAAUGAAGACGACUUGUCUGAUGAUGAAACACACGUGUCAGCAUCGAGGUCCGGCAAGAGUCCCGUGAUACCGUCCACGCGAUCAAGCAGGUCCAACUCCACCGACAGUGCCAUUCUACCCAAUUAUGACGGUGUACGUGAAGAUGACCCGCCGCCUGGCAUUCUUGGACGGGCUGCUGAAGUUGUGACGAGCGCAAGGGAUCUCGUGAGUGUCAUUUGGAGCGCAUCUGGAUGGCGGCGAAGCAGCGAUACGCUUUGAUCAACAUUCAACAGAAGGUUUCUUCUUGCAAGCAUUCACCCCCAGUUAUCUCUAGAUGGCGCGCUCUCUUCACUUUUGUUCUUUUCCUCCUUCUCUUUUGGCUCGGCGAAGCCAUGAGUUGUGUUUCGCCUUUUCCUGCGACCUGCAACGUUCCCGGCGCAUUCAUUCACAUUGCUGU